ACUAUUCUAUUACAUACCUUGCCGUGGUAUUGGAUUGAAGGGCCCCAGACUGCAAGUAUCACAUGCAAGUGACAACCUUGAAGUCCCGCAUCUCAACUCCAGCUGUCGUCCCUAUACACACCUCCACCACCCUUCUCCAAAGAUGUCCUCUCCACCAACCCGCCAAUUCAUCCACUACCCCCCCGCCGUCGCGACCGACCAGCCCUUCUCCGCCCCUCCCCCCGGCACGAACCCCGUCGUCCGCGGUCUCCUCCUCCGAUAUGGCGCCUCGCUCAUCACCUCCGUCGGCGCGAUCCAGCAAUUCCUCUACAACAGCAACGGGUUCAGUCGCCUGCAGGAGGUGAAGGGGUUGGAUGCGGUCGAGUGCCGGUUCGACCCUACUGUCAUCCCGGCGGCGCAAGAUGCGAGUGCGACGGUCGAGACGGGGACGUAUACGCGGCCGAGUGAGUUUGGUGCCGUGGAGGCGGAUGCGGGCGCCGGGAGGUAUUACUCGGUCUUGGACUUCCACAAGGCGUACACAGAGGGGAGAUUCACCCCCACCGAUGUCGCCGAGGCGCUGCUCCCGUUGAUUCGACGCGAUGUGGAGGAACCGACGAGCCACUCCGUCGCAUGGAUGGAUACGAAGGUGGAGUUGGUGCGGAAGGCUGCGGAGGAGGCGACGAAGCGGUAUCAAGCGGGGACGCCGAUUGGGAUCCUAGAUGGGGUGCCCGUCGCGGUGAAGGAUGAGGUGGACUUGAAAGGGUACACGCGGUGCUUAGGGACGAAGGACGACCACACGCAUCCGCUGGACGCGACGAGUUAUUGCGUGACGAAGUGGGAGGAGGAGGGGGCGGUUGUGGUGGGGAAGUUGAGCAUGCAUGAGAUCGGAUUAGAUACUACAAACAACAACCCGAAUCACGGCACCCCUCAUAACCCUCAUAACCCGGACUUCUACACCGGCGGCUCGUCAGGCGGAAGCGCAUAUGCGGUCGGCGCCGGGUUGAUCCCUAUCGCUCUCGGGGCCGAUGGAGGCGGCUCGAUCCGCAUCCCCAGCUCGUUCUGCGGUAUCUACGGCCUCAAAACCUCCCACUCCCGUGUCUCCAUCCGUCCGACCGCCAGCCUCGCCAUAUCCAACAGCGUCGCCGGCCCCAUGGCCGCCAACAUGGUUGACCUCGAAGUCGCCUACCGCGUCAUGGCCAUUCCCGAUCCCUCCCACUCCCUUUCCUCCACCUUCCUCCCCCCCGCUCGCCCCCACGACCCCCCACGCAAGCUCCUUGGCAUCUAUAAGCCAUGGUUCGACCGCGCAGAGCCCGCCGUGCGGGACGUCUGCCAGGCCGCCCUCAACCACAUGACCAGCCAGCAGGGCUACUCGCUCGUCGACAUCAGCAUCCCGUUCCUCGUCGAGGGCGGGCAGGCGCACGCGAUCACCAUCCUCUCGGAGAUAGCAUCGGGGUUCCCCAGCGCGCGGGCCACGAACCUCACGCCUGCGAACCGGGUGCUGCUCGCGGUGGCGGGGCGGGCGCGGGCGCAGGACCUCCUCGCGGCGCAGCGGGUGCGAAACGCGCUGAUGCAGCAUCUGGCGCAUCUGUACCGCGCGCAUCCGGGGUUGAUCAUCGUGACUCCGACGACGCCACUGGCGGGGUGGGCGAUUGGGGAUGGGGAUCUGAGCGACGGGGUGAGCGAUGGGGAUCGGAGUAUUCGGAACAUGGAGUACGUGUGGUUGGCGAACUUCACGGGGUGUCCGGCGCUGUCGAUGCCGGUGGGGUAUGUGGCGCCGGGGACGGGGCAGGGGGAUAUCCCGGUAGGGUUGAUGGGGAUGGGGGAGUGGGGGGCAGAGGAGGAGUUGAUUCGGUGGGGGUUUGAUGGGGAGGGGUGGCUGAGGGAGGGGUGGGAAGGGGGACGGCAGAGGGCGGGGGCGUGGGUAGAUGUGGUGGGGUUGGCGGAGGAGAAGGGGGAGAGAUCAUGAGGAAGAGCGGAGGGGAAGUCUUGGAAGAUUUUGGAAUUCCCUCGAGGCUGCUUUAGUUCCAUAUACCUACUCAUAUGACUGAAUUGUUGGAUUACUCCUGCUUCACUCUUCGGUAGCACACACUGAGCGGCUCGAGAACGCCCUUUCGUCACUUCGCAUCAGCGCAUGCUCGUCAUGCAGAUUCACUCCAAGCACCCAUCUCGCCAAUCCCAUCAACAAACCACAACGC